AUGCCUCACAAAUCGCCAACAAAAGAAGUGCUCGAGGAGCGAAAGAUCGUCGGCAUCAAGGAUGAGACCAUCACUCAUGUAUCGUCGUCCGAUUACCCAUUGACCUAUCCCGGCGAGGACCACAGCUGGGAUAUCGAGUCCUUCCGGCGAGGGUUCCGUGUCGAAUUUCACCAAAAUGACCCCUAUGAGGCCUCUUUCUCUCUCAUUGGAAUCGACGCCUCUAUCGCCAACGCCUUCCGCCGAAUCAUGAUCGCCGACAUCCCAACUCUCGCGAUCGAGACUGUCUUCAUCAACAAUAACACCUCCGUCAUCCAGGACGAAGUUCUUUCCCACCGGCUUGGGUUGAUUCCCUUCAAAGGCGGCCACGAGGGACUGCACAAGUUUCUGAAAUGGUGGCGCAAACCGACAGACGAGUCCGAAAUCAACAAUAGCUAUUACGACAACAACACCGUCUCGCUCCGCCUCGAAGUCCAAUGCGAGCACAACGAGAAAGCCGCGGCGGGAGAAACAGACCCCACCAAGUUAUACAAGAACGCUCACGUAUACGCGCGCGACAUCGAGUUCUGCCCCGUUGGCCGCCAAGACAAGUACUUCUCAGGCGCUGAUGCCAUCGCGCCCGUCAAUCCGGACAUUCUAAUCGCCAAGCUGCGCCCUGGACAGGAGAUCUCACUCUCGAUGCAUAUGCACAAGGGUGUUGGGUCGGAUCACUCCAAGUUCUCACCCGUCGCGACCGCCUCGUACAGGCUGAUGCCCGUCAUAUCGAUCGAACGGCCGAUCCUCGGGAAGGACGCCGAGAAGUUCAUGCGAUGUUUCCCCCCGGGCGUGAUCAAGCUAGAGAAGGUGACGAAGAAGGAGGCGGCGAAGAAGGGGAGCGGGUACGAGGGCCACGAAGGCGAGGACAAGGCGGUGGUGGCGGACCCCAUGCGGGAUACCGUCAGCAGGGAGUGCCUCCGGCACGAGGAGUUCAAAGGCAAGGUUAAGCUCGGCCGGAGGAGGGAUCACUUCAUCUACCUGGUCGAAAGCACGGGGCAGUGGGAGAGCGAUGCCAUCUUCUUGGAGUCGGUCGCGCAUCUGAAGAAGCGGGCGCAGGAUCUGGAGAAACAAGUCCGAAACAUGGUGAGAUAA